AUGGCCGAGGACAAGGCUUCCUCGUGGCUCGAGAAGCUUGAAGAGCAACGCAAUGUCACAGUGAACGUUGACGUAGACUGGAUGGAUGCAGAGUACAUCAAGACUAUGCCGCAGCGACUAGGACUGGUCCCUCAUGAUCAAACGAGCAAUCAGCUGUGGGUCGAUGUCGAACUACACAAUGAGGUCAACGCUGAGUUCCUCAAACAAACGGCAUUGGAACUGAAGGACAAGGGCUGGUUGCAUAUCUACACUCGCGCUUCCGUUCUCUUGUGCAAGAAGAAUAUCGACAAUAUCCGAGGUCGAGCCCUCUUGCAAACACUCCCUUCCCAAGCCUACGACGAGCAGGCGACGAUCGCUCACGCUCGGCUGUACGACCAAGAGUUCAAACGUGUUGGUAUCACACGCAGCCGGUACUGCAUCAAGAUCCCCGCGACCGGGCCUGCUCUGAACGCGGCGAAAGUGCUGUCCCAGGACCUUGAUGAAGAGGGUCUCCCGAUUGCCACCCUGGGCACCGCCAUCUUUGGUCUUCCACAGGCCAUCGCAGCUAGCCAGGCGAAUAUGCUGUACAUAAGCCCCUAUUUCAAUGAGAUCCGUGCCCAUAACGACUUGAGCAUCUGGCCCAAUGUCGAAGAUCCUGCGACGCAACACCCCAUGUCCGCGCGGGUUGUGCAGAUGAUCCAGACGUACAAGACCUUAUACAAGGACACGGGCAAGCCGCAGCCCAAGAUGAAACUCGCCAGCUUCAUCUCGUCCAAGGAGGUCCUGGCCGCCGCUGAGUUCGGCUGCCACUCGGCAACCAUCUCGCCCAAAUUGCUCGACGAGCUGGCGACACUCACAUAUGACGGCGCGACGCCACACGCGGUUGGCAUAGUGCCCAAACCUCACCCCAGUGUCGAAUAUUACCAGUCUGCAGGACCGACGCCCGUGCGGCUUCAGAAGCUUGCGACAAUUGAUCCGCUCGCAGCUGCAGAGUGGGACGGUCAGUUGGCCAGCACCAAGGUGGACUACCUCGCCGACGGAGGCGCGGCCCUGCACAAGGCAAUUGAGGAUGAUGCGAUCACCAAGACUCGUCUGGCAGCUGCUCUCGAGACUUUCACCGAGGCCGAGAAUAAGAGCAAGCAGAAGAUCGAGGCUGUUUUAGCUUCCCUCUGA